CCACGGGUCCACAGUGGCUGCCCUCUCUAGUCUCUACCAACCGUCCCCUUCCCGACAGCCUCGCCUAUCGCCGGCGUCCGGCGAUCGCCGGCACCCGAGGAUGGACCAUCCAUCCACGUGAUGGAUCCGCCAGCACCCUCGCCGCGGCCCCCUGCGGGCGAGGGGGCACAGCAAGAGGAGCGGAGCGGGCGGGGUCCUAGGUCUGCUCUCCGUGGCGCUCUCGGAGUGGCCUUCCCCAUCGCGGCCUCGUUCCUCUUCUCCUUCCUCGUCGGGCUCGCUGGGCUCGCGCUUGGUGGCCUCUCAUCCACUGCAUCCGUCUCCAUGCCCUCCACCUGCCGCAUCCUCUCCACCGGCGUUGACCUUAGGUCAUCAAAAGUUUGUGAGCUUGGAUUAUUGAACUAUAGAGCUAAGCAUGUCUUUUACCCAUCAAGUAAGAGAAGAUUCCGCUGCCACGAUGACUACUACUGGGCUUCAAUUUUCCAGGUUGAAUACACAGAAUAUUUUUCUGGCCAAGUAUCUUAUGCUGUGGCAGAGACCCCGAAAGAGGCUCUUCCUCAUAAUUGUCGACCUGAUUUUGGUGCUGCGUGGUCUACAACAUUAAAGUUCAAGGUCAACGAAUCGUACAGCUGCAGAUAUACGCUAGGCGGUAACAAGGCUGAUAUUCACUCAGACAAGCUAUUCAAUUGUACUGCUGAGGAACCUUCAACAAGGGAGAUUCUCAAAAGGAUACUUACACUGUUCUCAGAGUCGUAUGUGUCAGAAGAUUUCAGUUCAAAACGAAUGCUUGGAUAUGUCGCAGCAGGUGUCUUGCUCGGCAUGUUGAGUUCGAUGUUCAUUACUGUCUUAUUUAGAGGCUGCUAUGGAUUAUUGCUUGCUGCUGCUAGGUGGACCGUGAGGAAGCAUAGCAUGAGGGUGUUUGCUGGUCGGCUGAAGCGUGCCUGCCUUCUUGUUGCAUAUGUAUCUGCUGUGGGCUGGAUUACCUUGCAGUAUAGCAAAUUUAUCGGAUUGAAAGAACUUUUGUCGGAUUCUGAACUCAUGGAGAGGUUCUUUUGAACUGUAGAUGUAUGUGCCGGUGUAUAUUGUUGUACUUGUAAUACCAGUCGGUUCCUAAGAGGUCUUUUAGGUUGACCUGGAACCAAUCCCCUGUUGUGCUAGGAUGUGCAUGCUGGGAACACUGCUGCUCUCUCACAGACAGACACACACGUCUUGCAUGCCACAGUUUAUCAAGGAUAGCUAGCUAACGUCACAGAUGAUGCAUCUUUUUUCCUUUGAAAAUUUGUAUACUGCAAACUGCUGAGAAAGAUUCCACUUGAAUACUUGAUGACCAGUUCUCAAUACACUUGCUUGCCCUUUUGGCCC